AUGGAUGAAACAAAUAACAUCGUAACAAAACAAGAAGAAGAUGCUGCAAAUGCAGUCACAGUUACUCCAGUUCAAGUCGCACCUGUAUUUCCAUCAAGUUUUGUAAAUCCAAUGGUUCUUGGAGUUCAAAAUACAAGUUCACCACCACCUUAUACAGAUAUUAAAACAAAUGUUUCAUCACCUCCUCCACUUUUAUUUCCCCAAGGAGUUCGUACGCAACAACCAAUGCCAAUUGGAAUAGCAAAUCACUCGGCUGAAAUGGCAAGUGUUAAUGAUUAUUUGGCUUGGUCGAUUUUCAAUUGUCUUUGUUGUUUAUGGCCUUUGGGAGUUGUUACAAUUAUACUUUCAUGUGUAAUUAGUGAAAAGAAGAAAACAGGGGAUUAUCAAACUGUGAAACGAAUGUCAACAGCAACAGCUAUUUUAAACGCAAUCAGCACUUUAGCUGGAAUUGGUCUUAAUAUCUUUGUCAUUAUUUAUUAUACCAAAAUGCGUUAA